ACGCAGCGGAUAGUGCCAGUUCAACUGCUUCAUAGCAAUCUGAAGUCCGGGUUUCAUUGGCAAGUCAAGUCUCUCAAAUUCACAACUAAUUUGAGGCUCCGAACCUUAAAGCGAAUAAUAUUAUCCUGUGGCUUUGGGGAAAUGUCGGAAGACCAGGAAGCGCAGGAGGACGAACUCCUGGCACUCGCAAGCAUUUACGACCAGGAAGAGUUCCAAAGGGAGGAUGGAAGUGUGAGAGGAGGCGAGGUCCGCAUAUGUCCGGACAUGCCCCGCGAUUUUAAAGUCAUUGUAAAAGCGGGGGGCAAGUGUACAGAAUAUGGGGUGUCAUUCCUACCUCCGCUGGUGCUGAACUUUGAACUCCCUGUGGACUACCCUUCCAAAUCUUCACCCCUGUUUACACUAAACUGCAAAUGGCUCUCAGAAAUCCAGCUGGCAGCUGUGUGCAGGCACCUGGAUGAACUGUGGCAGGAGAGUCUUGGAAGCGUGGUGCUCUUCUCGUGGAUCCAGUUCCUCAGGGAAGACCUCCUCAGCUUCCUCCACAUUUCCUCAUCCCUGGAGCUCCCCUCGCUCUGGGACAGCAGCAGCACAGGAGCCAGUGAGGGAGGGGCAUGUGGCCGCGGGGCCGCGGGGCCAGAGGCCCCAGAGCAGCCGGGCCCCGGGGCCCCGCCACGGCUCGACCCCGGUGCCGAACAGCUGCUCCACGUCCUCGACUUCGACAGGGCCCAGCGGCGGAAGGCGUUCGACAGCCGGGCGUUCGACUGCGGGAUCUGCUUCUCCACGAAGCUGGGCGCGGACUGCUUCAGCUUCAGGGAGUGCGAGCACGUGUACUGCGCCAGCUGCAUGUGCGAGUACUUCCGGGUCCUGAUCACGGAGGGCGCGGUCAACGGCCUCAAGUGUCCGCAGUCUGAGUGCAGCUCCGAAGCCACGCCCCCGCAGGUGAAGCAGCUGGUCGGGGAGGAGCUCUUCGGUCGCUACGACCGUCUCCUGCUGCAGUCCAGCCUGGACAGCAUGGCCGACGUGACAUACUGCCCACGGCACGCCUGUGCCACGGCCGUCCUGGUGGAGCCAGACAACUCCAGCGCCAUCUGCUCAUCCUGCCGCUACGCCUUCUGCACCCUGUGCCGACAGGGCUACCACGGGCUCUCCUCCUGCGCUGAGAGAGGGCAGAGAGGGGACAGGGCGCCCGGCGAUGACCAGCCCUACGCUCAGGUUCCGGGAAACGAAGAUGGAAUUCGAGGACUUUGGGAUGACUACGAGACGGGAAGUAAGAUGCGGAGGAAGUUCCUGGAGCAGCGCUAUGGGAGACACGUUCUCCAGGACAGCGUAGGGAAUGUCCUCAGCCGGAGCUGGCUGGACGGCAACACCAAAAAAUGCCCACACUGCAACGCCACCAUACAGAAGGACGGAGGCUGUAAUGUAGUGCAGUGUUCCAAGUGUCACUACACCUUCUGCUGGGUCUGUCUGUGUGUCAUAAAUCGGAGUUACGAACACUUUGCCGACCCUGCUUCACCCUGCUCUCAGGUCCACUAUAGCUAGUGAGCCCCAUCCAGCCUUGCUGCAAUCAACAGCUUCACUGUGCUCUGAUCACUGUACCCAGUUCUGUGUCUGUCGACGGGCAUCCCCUGAAGGUGUAUUCCUGCAGUUUGGAUGGUCAAUAAUGGUCCUCAGAGGUGAGGUUCAUAAGCCCUGGUCGUCUUUAGGUACCACUACUCCCAGUAAUGGCAGAGUUUCACACGUCUAUCUUUCCUGACUGCAUUUCAGCAAAUCUACCCAAGGCAGCAACUAAUCCUCUGCUCCUGUUGUGGGAAAACAUUCACUGUGUUACCGAAAUAUUCUGAUCUUACUCCAGCAAGUUCGUACCGGAGACCUUAAAUACCAGUGUUCUGGCUAGCCCCAAUGAUCUCUGAUAGCAGGUGUCACAUUUUCUUGAUGAAAUUACGCAUUAAAAGCAUGUUUUCUCAGUAAGGAACUGGUGCUCAAAUAUAUUGUUAAUGUGUACCCUGCAGACCGAAACGAAGCUGCUUCUCUUCAUUAAUCAGCAUUAAGAUGGAUUAUUCUACCAAGUAUCAGAGGUUAAUUGUAAACCAGACACAAGCAGGAAAAGAAAGCUCUGUUCUGGAAAAUGUCAUGGGUGGAGCAGACUGCUCUAGGUGCGGUACCUGCGGUAUGUCCUGCAGUUAAGAGUGGAAUCCCGGUGGUGACGGCUCCGAUGGGGCGUGGAAACCCUUCAGGUUUGAGGCCAGCGUGAGAACUGAAGCGGUCCUCCGGUCAGCCGUGCGCCUGCCCUCAGUUCGGUUCUGACCCAGCCCUCAGCUCGGUUCUGACCCAGCCCUCAGCUCGGUUCUGACCCAGCCCUCAGCUCGGUUCUGACCCAGCCCUCAGCUCGGUUCUGACCCAGCCGCUGCAGAGGACUCGCAUGUUUUAUCUGCUUUCUCUGGACAGUCUCUGGAUGUUUCUUCCAUAGGAAGGGAUGUGCAAAUAUGACUUGAGAGAAAAUAUGAAACGUACCGAGUGGGCAUGCGUUAAAGGGCAGGUAGGCCAUACAGUAUGUGCAUGAGUGUGAGUCUGUAGGAAUCCACCCACUGUAAAGCAGUCCUCUUAAGAUAUAGAUCACAGCUUCAUGGUCUUUAAAAUACUACAGCAGUGACUAUGUGUUCCUGCAGCUAUUUAGACUUAUUAGAAACUCAGUUUUGUAUAUGAGCAAUUGUUCAUUUGCACAAAUCAACCUGCUAGUCAAAGAAAAUAUAAGUAAUUAUUGCCUGGGCUGAUGCCUCUUAAAGUUCGAGAUCCAUGCUGUAGGCAACAGUAAUCGGUCAAAUUGGGAAUAAUGUUACUGGCUCAAACCGUGUUAUUCUAUCCUGUAUCAUGUGUAAUUUUACAGGCAGAAAUAGAACAGCAAUGCAAAUGCGAAAGUGUUGAUUUUACUUAGAUUAUAUUUUCGCUAAUAUGAGGUAAAAAUGCUGUGUGAAUGGAAACAAUGGAAGGUGAGCUGAAACAAUGAUCA